AUUUCGGGAAUUCGCGGCCAUCCCGGGACGGCGCCGCCGCCGCUUCGCUCCCGGGGGGGUUUUGGGGGAUUUUCUGGGGGGUCCCGGGGAUUUUUGGGGGUUUUUUUGGGGUCCCGCGAUGGCGGAGCCGCUGCUGCGCCGAACUUUGUCCCGCCUGAGGCGGAGGGAGCGCCCCAGGAGCGGGAGGGCGGAGGCCGAGGAGGGAGGGAGCGGCUGCGGGGAGCCCCAAAAUCAUCGAGAGGAGCCCCAAAAUCGCCUCGGGGAGCCCCAAAAUCAUCGUGGAGAGUCCGAAAAUCGCCACGAAAAACGCCAAAAUCGUCACGAGGAGCCCCAAAAUCAUCGCGGGGAGCCCCAAAACCAUCGAGAGGAGCCCCAAAAUCGCCUCGGGGAGCCCCAAAAUCGUCUCGAGGAGCCCCAAAAUCAUCGAGAGGAGCCCCAAAAUCGCUUAAGAAAGCCCCAAAAUAGCUUCAGAGAGUCCCAGGAUUACUUCGAGGAGCCCCAAAAUCUUGUCGAGGAGCCCCAAAAUCGUUUCAGAGAGCGCCAGAAUUACCCUGGAGAGCCCAAAAAUUGUCGUAGAGAGCCCCAAAAUCGCCUCGAAGAGCCCCAAAACCGCCAGGAGAAGCCCCCAAAGCGCCGCCCGCACCCCGAGGGGCCCCAAGCCCGUGAAGACCCGAACCCCCGGGGGGGGUCCCCAGUUUCGGGGGGGCCCGGGAGACCCCCCGGGGCCGGCGCGUACCUGCAGAGCCUGGAGCGCAGCAGCCGGCGGUGGCUGCUGGCGGGGACACUGGGGACACUGGGGACACUGGGGACACUGGGGACAGAGGCCACCGGGCACGGCGACAGCGGCGACAUCUGGUACAACCCCAUCCCCGAGGAGGGGACACCCGAAAAACCGGGAACAUCCGAGCGACACGGAGAGGAGGAGGAGGAGGAGGGAGCCGGGCGGGGACAGGAGAGCGGAGCCCCUCCGGCCGCCCCCUCCCCGCCCAGCCCGGGCCGCCCCCUCCCCAAACCCCGCGGGCCGGGCCCGGUGCGGCGCCUGUCGCUGAGGAUGCGGAAACUGCCGGAGCUGGGGCGGAAACUGAGCCUGAGGAUCCCCCGGGCCCAGAGUCCGGAACCGCCCCGGGAAACCCCCCGGGAACCCCCCCGGGAAUCCCCCCGGGAAUCCCGCAGCGUCAUCAGCCGCUACCACCUGGACACCAGCGCGGGCUGGGCGCUGACCAGUGCAGGGUCCGGCCCGCGGCUCACAGCGGGUCCUGGGGGUUCUGGGGGUCCAGAAAGUUCUAGAAGUCCUGGAAGUCCCAGAGGUCUUGGAGGUUCUGGAGGUCCCAAAGGUCCUGGAAGUCUCAGAGGUCCUGGAGGUUCUGGAAGUUCUGGAUGUUUUGGAGGUUCUGGAGGUGCUGGAAGUCCCAGAGAUCCUGAAGGUUCUGGAAGUCCAGAAAGUCCUGGCCGUUCUAGAGAUUCUGGAGGUCUUGGAAGUUCUGGAAGUUCUGGAGGUCCCAAAGGUUCUGGAAGCCCCAAAGGUUCUGGAGGUCCUGGAAGCCCCGGGAGUCCUGGAAGCCCCAAAGGUCCUGGAAGUCCUGGAGGUCCUGGAGGUUCUGGAGGUUCUGGAGGGCCCGGCAGCCCCGAUCCGGACCUGGGCUCGUUCCUCCCUUACCACGACCCCUCCCCCCACUCCUCCCCCGCGCUGUCCGCGCUGGUCAGUGUCCAGCUGCGCGGUUUAACCCCUGCCUGGCCGGACAGAAUCUUCUGCGUCCUUCAAGUGGACGGCGAGAGCCGAGCCCGGACCUCGGCGCUGGCCGGAGCGGCCGAAUUCGUGCGGCUGGAGCACAGCUUCAACCUGGAGCUGGACGGGGCGCGGGCGCUCAGCGCGGCCGUGCUGGCCUGGCACGGCUCGGCCGGCCGGAGCCGCCUGCUCGGACACGGCGCCCUGGGGCUGGCGAGGGUCUUUGGAGGUGGCCGGACUCGGUCCCUGGCCCUGCGGCUCCACCCCCGCGGUGUCCUGUACUCGCGGCUGACCCUCGUCCAGCUCCGGCCGUGUCCGGCCCCGUGUCUGUGUCCAGCGCAGUGUCCAUCCCAGUGUCCAUCCCCGUGUCCAUCCCCGUGUCCAUCCCAGUGUCCAUCCCAGUGUCCAGCCCAGUGUCCAGCUCCGUGUCCAUGCCCAGCCCAGUGUCCGUCCCCGUGUCCGUGUCCAUCCCCGUGUCCAUCCCAGUGUCCGUGUCCAUCCCCGUGUCCAUCCCCGUGUCCAUCCCCGUGUCCAUCCCCACGCCCCCCGCGGGUGUUCGGGGCGGAUCUGGGGGCGUUGCUGGCUCGGGAGCGGCGCCCCGGGGGGAUCCCGCUGAUCCUGGAGAAAUGCCUGGGGGAGAUCGAGCGGCGCGGGCUGAGGGUGGAGGGGCUGUACCGGCUCUGCGGCUCGGCCGCGGCCAAGAGGGAGCUCAGGGAGGCCUUCGAGAGGGACAGCGCGGCCGUGACCCUGUCCGAGCGCCUCUGGCCGGACAUCAACGUGGUGACCGGGGUGCUGAAGGAUUUCCUGCGGGAGCUGCCGUCCCCGCUGGUGCCGCCCCGGCUGCAGCGCUCGGUGCUCGAGGCCAUGGCCCAGAGACCCCCCCGGGACCCCCCCGGGGACCCCACGGCCCUGCUGGAGAGCCUGGGACCCCCGGAGAGGGCCACCCUGGGGCGGCUGCUGUCCCACCUGAGCCUGGUGGCCGCCCUGCAGCGCUGGAACCGCAUGGGAGCCCAGAACCUGGCGCUGUGCUUCGGGCCCGUGCUGCUGCCCCGGCACGGCUGGGAGCCGGGGGGACAGCGGGGACAGCAGCGGGGACAGCGGGGACAGCACCAGGGACAGCAGCAGGGACAGCGGGGACAGCACCGGGGACAGCGGGGACAGCCCCAGGGACAGCAGGGACAGCGGGGACAGCACCGGCAAGGACAGCCUCAGGGACAGCACCAUGGACAGCCCCAGGGACAGCGGGGACAGCCCCAGGGACAGCACCAGGGACAGCGGGGACAGCAGCAGGGACAGCAGGGACAGCAGGGACAGCAGCAGGGACAGCAGCAGGGACAGCAAGGACAGCAGCAGGGACAGUGGGGACAGCACCAGGGACAGCCCCAGGGACAGCGGGGACUCCGCCCCGGAGAGGAUGAGGAUGGAGGUGUGGAUUUCAAGAGGCACCUGGAGGUGCUGCAUUACCUGCUGAGGGUGUGGCCAGCCCCCCCGCUCCCAGCGUGGGCCGAGUCCCCCCAGAGUGACCCUGUGGUGGCCCAGGGUGACCCCCCGGUGGUGGCCCAGGGUGACCCCCCGGUGGUGGCGCGGUCGCGGCCGAGGGGUCCCGAGAGCCCCCCCAGCAAUCGCUACGCGGGGGAUUGGAGCGUGUGCGACCCCCGGGGAGAGCGCGGGGACAGCGGGGGGACAGCGCCCCAAAAACCGCCCCAAAAACCGCCCCAAAACCGGGAACUGCCCGGGGACAGCGGGGGGACAGCGCCCCAAAACCCGACCCAAAAACCGACCCAAAUCCUGCCCCAAAAACUGCCCCAAAAACCGACCCAAAACCGGGAACUGCCCAGGGAUAGCGGGGGGACAGCGCCCCAAAACCCGACCCAAAAACCGCCCCAAAAACCGACCCAAAUCCUGCCCCAAAAACCGACCCAAAAACCGACCCAAAACCGGGAACUGCCCGGGGACAGCGGGGGGACAGCGCCCCAAAACCCGACCCAAAACCCGCCCCAAAAACUGCCCCAAAAACCGACCCAAAAACCGACCCAAAUCCUGCCCCAAAUCCCGCCCCAAAACCGGGAACUGCCCGGGGAUAGUGUGCGGACAGCACCCCAA